GUGCUCGACAAACGCUCAUUUGGAACGUCGAAUUCAGUCACUUUUUUAUAUAUUUAAAGUUUCACAAUGGCUGACCAACUUACCGAGGAGCAGAUUGCCGAGUUCAAGGAGGCGUUCUCCCUGUUCGACAAGGAUGGCGAUGGCACCAUCACCACCAAGGAGCUCGGCACCGUCAUGCGCUCGCUCGGCCAGAACCCCACUGAGGCUGAGCUCCGCGACAUGAUCAACGAGGUUGACACUGACGGCAACGGCACCAUCGACUUCCCCGAGUUCCUCACCAUGAUGGCUCGCAAGAUGAAGGACACUGACUCUGAGGAGGAGAUCCGCGAGGCCUUCCGCGUCUUCGACAAGGACGGCAACGGCUUCAUUUCUGCUGCUGAGCUCCGUCACGUCAUGACCAACCUCGGCGAGAAGCUCACCGACGAGGAGGUCGAUGAGAUGAUCCGUGAGGCUGACACUGACAACGAUGGCCAGAUCAACUACGACGAGUUCGUCAAGAUGAUGACCUCCAAGUAAAAAGGGACGGGCGAUCUUAUCAGUUUGUGCCAACCAAACAAAAAAAAGUAGAAAAUAUUAAAAAUUUCAAAACACGA